UUUAAAGCCCUUGCAGAGUGCUCUGACAGAAUCGGGGCUAGCCAUGAGAUAUACAUACGAUAUAUUCCGAACACAAAUGCCACAACAGGGGGACAAAACGUAGGACAAUUUGGGAGUACAUAAUACAGAAUACGAAGAAGGGACAGGACACACAACAUGGACAUUGAGGAGGAUCUGGACGGCAUGCCACCCAUCAGCAUCGGCACCUUCGGGAUACCCAAUGACCCGGAACUGCUGGACGAGUACGCGCUGUACCGUCCCUCGAUAGGCACCCGGCGGCUGCUCAGCGAGAGGCAUCGGGAGGUCUACGCAGAGGCCUUCAUCGAGCACGAGCGCCUGGGCACCUUGGCCGAUCUGUGCGUGCGGGCGCUGGCCAAGAGUCAGGGCACUGUGCACAUCGCAGUGCCCGUGCGGGAGGACCCGCUGAAGCUGCGCAUCCACUACGACUCCAUCGACGUGGACCUGCCGCUGCGGGAGUGCUAUUUCGUGGAGGAUGUGCGCUACUGGCGGCGCGUGGUGCUGGCCAAGAGCACGGACAAGUCGCUGGCGCAAAAGAAGCUCUCGGAGUACGACUGGCGGGGCAAGGGCAUCAGCAUCAAGUACGUGGAGAUAGUCGAGGCCUGUCCGGCGGCCUUCUGGCCGGAGAGCGAGAUGGCCGAGCUGGCGGCACUCGUGCGGGAACAUGUGCGCACCAUGGACAUCCGCCAUCUGCAGUCCCUCUCGGAGGAGAGCUUCCAGCGCCACAAAGGGAGCAGCGACUCGGAGCCGGACGUCACGUCGGAGGAGUCUGAGGCCCUGUUUGUUUCUAGCGAUGAGCGCAACACCUCCUCCGAGUGGACAGACGAGCAAGAGGGAGAGUGCUCCGAAGAGCAGUCCACAGAGCAGCCCGACCCGAAGAAUCAGGCUAAGAUCAACUUUAAUAGAGUGGAAACGGAGGAGGAGCAGCCGGCAGGGGAGGCCAAACGCGUGGCGCGUGGUUCCCGCAACGCCGUGCGACAGCAGCUGCGGCGCUUGCAGGCCGCCAGGAAGGAGGCGCACGAGCAGCGGGUGCACCGUCGCACCGUUAUGCGGCAGAGGCCCGCCGAGCAGCCUGAGAAGAAGCGCCGCAAGAGCAGGAAGACAGUGAUGGGCGUCUUCAGUAUGAAGGUGGAGCCCGAGCCGGAAGACGACGAAGAUAAGAUCGUGGACAGGCGAAACAAGGAGAAGGUGCUGGAGCGCCUCCGUCGCUACGACUUCCCCUCGGAGCACUGCCAUCACAUCGACCUGAGCUUUGUGCGCUUCUUCGAUAACCUCGUCUCGUUCACCCUCGAGUUCCUGGGGCCACACAUGGGGCGCGACUUCCACAAGCGGCACCUGCGGUUCUCCACCGAGGACGUGGUGCGGCUGGCCAGGGGCCUCCAGGAGCUCGACAAGCUGCAGAUCUUCCGCCUGCGCAACAGCCGCAUGGACCAUCUCAAGCUGCACGUCCUCUGCCGUGUCCUCAAGAACCUGAAGGCCUUGGAAGUGAUUGACUUUGGCUACGACCACAUGUCCGACGACUGCGGGGCCACUUUGGGCUCCCUGCUGGAGGGCGGGAGCAUGCUGAAGGCCCUGGAGCUGGAGUACAACCAGCUGGACCAGAAUGCGGCCUCGGCCAUUGGCGCCGCCCUGCAGCAGCGCCACCAGAACGGCGCCAGCGGAGAUGCAGGAGGGACGCACCUGCAGUACCUUGGUCUGGCCCACAACCGAAUGAGUGACCGGGCCCUGUCGACGCUCAUCCACUACAUUGCCGGCACCGAGCAUGUGGAGGAGCUCAACGUGUCGGCCAUUACGGCCCGCAAGGAGGCGGUGUCGGAGAGUAUCGGCUUUUUGCUGCGCAACCAUCCGCCGCUACGGCGACUGGACAUGACGGCUAUUCCGCUGAACAGCAGCACGGGUCGGAGACUCAUCUGCGCCCUGGAGAGCAACCAAAAGGUCACGCACUUCGACUGCCGCGGCUGCGACCUGGACAGCGACGAGGAGUUUGAGGCAGAUAUCAUAGUGAGGCGCAACGGCUUCCAAGCGGACCACUCCUACAUCGGGGACGAGACCCAAACGGAGCAGGACAUAAGGGAGCACUUCAAGAGCAUCAAGCACCCGCUGGUGAAGAAGCUGGAGGACGAGCGCGCCCGCCGGGCGGAGUGCGUCAAGAUGCGUCCCCCUCUGAUCCGCACGCCCAGCGACACCACCACCGAGUCCCAGGUGUCGGAGAAGGAGGAGGCCGCCGAGUACGACAUUUGGGCGGAGCUGGGGAUCAAAACGGUCAAAGCCUCCGUCCCCCAAGAGAUUGUGGAGUCGGUGUCCAGCCACAGCUCAGUGCUCGACCUGGGUCCCUUUCACUUCGAUCCGAAUAGCUUCGAUUUGGAGCAGUUCCGGGAGCACGUCCAACAACCGGGAAUGGGCAAUCGCUACUACUACUUCAAGAGCCGCAGGGAAAAGCGCUGAUCCAGCCCACUAUCCCCUCUCCAUUAUCCAUCUAGACAUUUCUUAUUUUUCUUGGUUCGAUUUGAAGUCGAUUGAAGUUUUCCAUCAAAAUCUAAAGUCGUUAGAAGACCGAUACACAACGAAACAUUUGUCAGACACUUUACGAUUCAUUGUGGGAUUAUUAAAGGAUAUUCCAGUUCGGAGAUAUG